GGGGGGGGCGCGAGCGGAAGACCGCGAGAGCGCACUUCCGGUCUUUGUGGCUCGCAGCUGCAGGUCCGGGGCUCGUGCCCUGGCGGCUCCUGAGCUUCGCGGAAAGAAGAGAUUACUCAAAAGCAACUGAAGUAGAGGACCCAGUUGUAGUGAGCUUUUUGCUAAGCUGUUUCAGCCCAGAACGGCUAUGGAAUCCAGAGCAGUUUCAACCCCAGUACCUCAGAAUUCUCAGGAACAAGAGCUAAUACUAGUGAAAGUAGAAGAAAGCCUUUCUUGGGGUCAGAAACUUAAGCAGAAUGGGAGUACCCGAUCCUGCCAGGAAUUGUUUCGCCAGCAGUUCAGAAAGUUUUGCUACCAGGAGACACCUGGGCCCCGGGAGGCUCUGGGCCGACUCCAGGAGCUUUGCUGUCAGUGGCUGAGGCCAGAGUUGCAUACGAAGGAGCAGAUCCUGGAGCUGCUGGUGCUGGAGCAGUUCCUGAGCAUCCUGCCUGAGGAGCUGCAGAUCUGGGUUCAGCAACACAGUCCAAAAAGUGGCGAGGAAGCUGUGACUCUGUUGGAGGAUUUGGAGAGGGAAUUUGAUGAUCCAGGGCAGCAGGUCCCAGCUAGUCCACAGGGACCAGCAGUGCCAUGGACGGAUUUGACAUGUCUUGGAGCAUCCCAGGAGUUAACACACAUCGAACUCCAGCCUUUAAAGACACAGCUGAAACCCUGGGAAGCUUGCCUUUCCCCCAGAAGCGAUUGUGAGAACAAUGGAUCAGCAACAAAGAAGGACAUUUCAGGAGAGAAAUCGCAAAGACUUCCCCAGGAGCCUUCAUUUGGAGGAAUUAGUGAACAUGAAAGCAGUUCAGAGUGGCAGCAAGGAAGUGCUACAGGGGAGAAAUUAAGAAGAUCCCCUUCCCAAGGGGGCAGUUUUAGUCAAGUAAUCUUCACACACAAAUCUCUAGGAAACAAAGACCAUCCUGAGCCCCAGAGAAGGUUGAUUCUAAAUACAAACUCUAUAAUGUAUCAGAAAGUUCCUGCAGAAGAGAGACCUUACAGGUGUGAUGUAUGCGGGCACAGCUUCAAACAGCAUUCUGCUCUAACACAACAUCAGAGAAUCCAUACUGGAGAAAAGCCGUACAAAUGUAGCCAGUGUGGGAAGGCCUUUAGUUUGAGGUCCUAUCUUAUUAUUCAUCAGAGAAUUCAUAGUGGUGAGAAAGCAUAUGAAUGUAGUGAAUGUGGGAAGGCCUUCAACCAGAGCUCAGCCCUCAUUAGACAUCGGAAAAUCCAUACUGGUGAGAAAGCUUGUAAAUGUAAUGAAUGUGGCAAAGCAUUCAGUCAAAGUUCAUAUCUCAUUAUCCAUCAAAGAAUUCACACUGGUGAGAAACCCUACGAGUGUAAUGAGUGUGGGAAAACCUUUAGCCAAAGCUCAAAGCUUAUUAGACACCAGCGAAUUCAUACAGGAGAAAGACCUUAUGAAUGUAAUGAGUGUGGAAAAGCUUUCAGGCAGAGCUCAGAGCUGAUAACCCAUCAGAGAAUACAUAGUGGGGAGAAACCCUAUGAAUGUAGUGAGUGUGGAAAAGCCUUCAGUCUGAGCUCAAACCUCAUCAGACACCAGAGAAUUCACAGUGGAGAGGAACCUUAUCAGUGUAAUGAAUGCGGCAAAACCUUCAAAAGGAGCUCAGCCCUUGUUCAACAUCAGAGAAUCCACUCUGGGGAUGAGAAACCCUAUGAAUGUGAUAAGUGUGGAAAGGCCUUUAAUGUGAGCUCAGCCCUGGUUCUGCAUCAGAGAAUUCAUACUGGGGAGAAACCCUAUCCUUGUAAUUGGUGUAUUAAAAGUUUCCGUCGGAGCUCAGACCUUAUUAAACAUCAAAGAGUCCACACUGGUGAAAAACCUUACAAAUGUGACGAAUGUGGGAAAGCCUUCAGUCAGAGCUCUGAUCUUAUUAUACAUCAGAGAAUACAUACAGGAGAAAAACCCUAUCAGUGCAGUCAUUGUAGUAAAAGUUUUAGCCAGCGCUCAGACCUGGUUAAACAUCAAAGAAUACAUACUGGAGAGAAGCCUUAUACAUGUAACCAGUGUAACAAACAUUUUAGUCAGAGUUCUGAUGUUAUAAAACAUCAAAGAAUCCAUACUGGUGAGAAACCAUAUAAAUGUGAUGUGUGUGGAAAAGCCUUCAGUCAGAGCUCAGAUCUUAUUCUACAUCAGAGAAUCCACACUGGAGAGAAACCAUAUCCAUGUAAUCAGUGUAGCAAAAGUUUCAGUCAGAACUCAGACCUUAUUAAACAUCGAAGGAUCCACACUGGAGAGAAACCCUAUAAAUGUAAUGAAUGUGGGAAAGCUUUUAAUCAGAGCUCAGUCCUUAUUCUGCAUCAGAGAAUUCACACUGGAGAGAAACCCUAUCCAUGUAAUCAGUGUAGCAAAACCUUCAGUAGACUUUCAGAUCUUGUUAAUCAUCAACGAAUUCACACUGGAGAGAAGCCUUACCCAUGUAACCAGUGCAAUAAAAUGUUUAGUCGAAGGUCAGACCUUAUUAAACAUCAUAGAAUUCAUACAGGUGAGAAACCCUAUGAAUGUGAUGAGUGUGGGAAAACCUUUAGUCAAAGCUCAAACCUUAUUCUGCAUCAGAGAAUCCACACUGGAGAGAAACCCUAUCCAUGUAGCGAUUGUACUAAAAGUUUUAGUCGUCGUUCAGACCUUGUGAAACAUCAGAGAAUACACACUGGAGAGAAACCGUAUGCAUGUAAUCAGUGCAAUAAAAGUUUUAGUCAAAGCUCAGACCUCACUAAACAUCAGAGAGUACACUCUGGGGAAAAACCCUAUCAUUGUGAUUGUUGUGAGAAAGCCUUCAGUCAGAGUUCUGACCUUAUUCUUCAUCAGAGAAUUCACACUGGAGAAAAACCAUAUCCAUGCACACAGUGCAGCAAAAGUUUCAGUCAGAACUCCGACCUUAUCAAGCACCAGAGGAUCCACACUGGGGAAAAACCAUAUAAAUGUAAUGAAUGUGGGAAGGCUUUCAGUCAGUGCUCAGCUCUUGUCCUACAUAAGAGGAUCCACACUGGGGAGAAACCAUAUCCAUGUGAUCAAUGUGGCAAAAGCUUUAGUCGACGCUCUGAUCUUAUUAACCAUCAAAGAAUCCACACUAAUGAAAAUCCAUAUAAAUGUGAUGUGUCUGGGAAAGCCUUUAGCGCAUGCACUGAUCUUACUGAACACCAGGGAAUCCACAUUGGAGAGAAACCCCACAGGUGUGUUCAGUGCAGCAGAAAUUUUAGCCAACUCUCUGAUCUUAUUAAUCAUGAGAAAGUCCAUUCUGGGGAAGACACUCUAAAUGUGAUGAAUAUGGGAAAACCUUUAGUGUAUACACCAACUUUAUUCAGUACCAGAGACACUCUGCCAGAAAAAAAUCUUAUGAACGCUAUGGAUGAUUAUGAAAAAGGUUUUAAUCAAUGCUCAACUCUUGUGCUACAUUAAAAAAGACCACACACACUAGGGAGAAAACAUAUUAAUUCAAUUUUUAUAAUGAAAGUUUAACUCAGAGCUCAGACAUUACUAAAGAAAAAUUCUGAGGAGGAAUCCUGUGAGUUGUUGGAAAAACUCUCAAUGUGAAAAAAUUUUUACUGAAUGUCAGAAACAAUGGAAAAAAAUUCUAUCUGCUGUAAUGUAAGAAAAGCUCUAGUCUUUUAUUCAAACACUGCACAAGAGGAAAGUUUUAUCAUUAUAAGAAAUGUCUAACCAAAUUAAUGCAGAACCUUAUCAGAUAUUGUAAAAACCAGUGUGGUGUUGUGUGCAAUCAGAAGGAAAUAUAUUAGUGUUAUAAUCUCAAACCUUUUGUGAGCCCAGAUCACCUAUUGCAUAUCACAGAAGUUAUUUUAGCGAAUGUAGGGAAAAUUUAAACCCUUCCCAUAUCUUAAUUGGCAUUCACUCUGAUAAUUUGCAUACCACUUAUCUCCUGAAAGCUGGAGAAUCCUACCUUAUGCAAACAUUAGUUAUUAAAUUCCCUCUGUGUGAACAUGCUAUGCUAUUCUGGAAUUAAACUUAUUAACUGCAUAACUCUAGUGCCCCAUUUUCUGAAAUAUCCUUUUUUUUGUGGGGGUGGCCAAGUUUUGGUCUUCCUAGUGAGCAUGAGUUUUCAAGUUCCUGUGGUGUUCACAGCAAACAUGAAUUUAUUUUGCUCUUAAUAAUGUAGCCCAUCCAUAAACUUUAGUGGUUUGGAAUUACUUCUUCAACACUACCAUUUAAUUACAGUUUCUAAAUAUGUGAAACAAUUU